GGCUGAAUCCAGUGUCACUACUAACUGGUGACUUUGUAGCAGUGGAGAGAGCAUGCUGGGGUAGCGUUACGGGGCACUUGGAGGGGGGGAUGCGGCACUAAAAUUCGGACUAUGGAGAGAAGGGAAUUCUGUGCCUCCCUGCUGGCCGGCGGCACGGCGGGAAUGUGCGUGGAUCUCAUUUUAUUUCCGCUCGACACCAUCAAGACCAGGCUGCAGAGCCCACUUGGGUUUUCCAAAUCCGGCGGAUUCCGGGGUAUAUACGCCGGAGUCCCUUCGACCGCUGUAGGGUCAUUUCCAAAUGCUGCCGCCUUCUUCGUCACCUACGAAUCUGCCAAACAGUUGCUUCACUCCGACUCCUCUUACCUGUCCCCCAUCAUUCACAUGGCGGCUGCCUCCCUAGGGGAAGUGGUGGCGUGUCUGAUACGUGUUCCCUCUGAAGUCAUAAAGCAAAGGGCGCAAGUGAGUCCGUCCUCCACCACCUAUCAGAUGUUAUCCGCCACGCUACGGCAGGAGGGCAUAAAGGGACUGUACCGAGGGUAUAAGAGCACCGUGCUGAGAGAGAUCCCAUUCUCUUUGGUGCAGUUUCCACUGUGGGAGUCUUUAAAGGAUCUCUGGUCGUGGAAGCAAGGCCGCGCGGUUGAUUCUUGGCAGUCGGCAGUGUGUGGAGCUUUUGCAGGUGGCUUUGCAGCUGCGCUCACCACUCCUCUGGACGUAGCGAAAACACGAAUCAUGUUGGCGAAGGCCGGUUCUGUCGCAAGUGGAAAUGUUCUAGCACUACCAUAGAUUUGGAGGCACAUCAUGCGGUUAUUUGCCGGAGUUAUUCCCAGAAUGACAGCAAUCAGUCUCGGUGGAUUCAUUUUCCUCGGAGCCUACGACAAAGUCCGGACGUUGAUGCUACGAGAGCAGUGAAGGGAAUUCCCUGGACACUCAGUAACUUUAGUCGGAGCCCCCGUGGCCCCCAGAGACCCCCCAACACUGGGAUAUUGCAGCACAAAGUGUAGUUUCAUAUGGGGGAAAUGUCGGCGCUGGAAACAACUCCCCGCGGGUCAAAAGAGACGGGAAACCGACUGCGUUUGUACAAAAUGGCGACGUCCGAACCCCACGGAUAAACAGAGACAUCAGAGACAAUUUAUUUCUCUACAUUUUUUAUUUUUUUAACCAGAACCUCGGGUUCUUCCACAAAAUGUUGUGCUGUUAUAACAAACGUUUAGUAAAGACACAAUCAAUGCCAUUUGUUAGAAACUUCAGUAUUUUGCAGGUUUGGUUCCUCCCAAUGUACAACUUUGUAUCAAUAAAUAACUUUGUACACAAAA